UUUACAGCAAUGAAGUGUCUUUUGUAUACUUGCGUGUUUUUGGCUCCAGUUUUUCAGACAUCUAUUUCUAAAUACUUGACCUGCAAACCACAUGGAAAAUUUCAGUUUAAUGGGUUAUUCAAACCUGGUGAUAUUAUGCUGGGAGCAAUAUUUGCGGUUAAUUUUAGAGCAAUACCCCCAGAAUUAAGCUUCAUAUCUAAACCUGAACAAUGGAAAUGUGAAAGUUUUGACCUUGCUGUAUUCCAAAGAGCACAGACCAUGGUGUUUGCAAUUGAAGAAAUAAACAAGGAUCCUGCUCUUUUGCCAAAUAUAACUUUGGGAUACAGACUCUAUGACAACUGUAUGAACCUGCAGGAAGCCAUGCGAGCUGCGGCAACUCUUAUUGGCGGAGAGGAGGAGGUUAAUGAUGAUUCCAGCUGUGAUGGAGUUCCUCCUGUAGUUGCUAUUCUUGGUGAUCCAUUAUCAACACAUUCCAUUGCCAUAUCAAGGGCUGUGAGUUUAUUCAAGAUACCUCUGGUAAUGUCAGUUAUUGUGCAACUUGUUCAUGUUUAA